UGUAAUCGUCCUGCAGAAAAAGUAAGGGAGUUAUUUCCAAAAGUUAAUACUUUAAUUAUAAUAAUGGGAAGAAAAUAUGUUUAAAAGCGCCGAGUCGAAUCUCAAUUUUUAAAGAAGUAAUGAAUGAUACCCCUUUACCACCGGUCCCAGUUCUUACAAGGUGGGGAACAUGGGUACAUGCUGCGUUAUAUUACGCAGAUUAUUUUACCAAAUAUAAAAAAGUCAUCGAGGGACUGGCAAUGGAUGAUGCACAAAGUAUUAGAAAAGUUUUGGAUAUAAUUGAAGAUGGUACUAUUGUCAAUGAUUUAACAUUUAUAUCUACUCAUUUGGCAUUUUUAGUGAUAGUCAUAAAAAAACUUGAAACUCAAAAUAUGACUUUACAUGAAAGCAUUUCAAUAAUUAACGAAAUGAAAGAAAAAAAUAAUUCUAUUCCUGGAUCGAAAGGUGCAACACUUGCAACAAAACUAAACGAGCUUUCCAAUAAAAAUUAAGGUCUGAAGAUUCUACGAAAAAUUAAUUCAGUGUUAUUAGGCGAAAACGUUCAGCUCGAAGAUCUUUAUGACCCGACAAUACUAAGUUGCUUCAAAUAUGCCCCAAUAACUUCGGUUGACGUCUAACUUUCAU